CCCUUCUCAGGAAUGAGAAAUAAUUUCACCCUUAACCUUUCACUUCCAUGAUCCUGGGAAGAGAUAGUGUACUUUCUUGCAGUAAACCAUUUGCUUAGGUUCACUUCCUACUAGUGAGAGGAAGCCUUGUGAAACAGUAUUGCAAGGGGUGAACAAAUAAAUAAAAACAUGGAAGACUAAGAACUUCUCUUUUCUGGAUUUUGCUUAGAAUGUCUUAUUUAUCAGAGCUAUAUUGGGUAAACAUAUCCUAAAUUCCCAUCCUGGCUUCCAUAGGCUUAGAUUCAUGACACUUUUCAGAGCCUACUACUCCUGGUAAUAUUGUAAGGAAGUUGGCAGAGGACAUAAAUUUAAGUGGUUACUGACUUGAAAAUAAGAAAAUUUGAAUAACAUAUAGGAAGUAAACAGUGGAUAGAGAGAAUGAAGGUAGGUGGGUUUGUUUUCACAAUAGUAGAAUGUUUUAGGAAAAGUCUCUCAAGCCUACAUAGCACCUGGGAGGUCAAGGAGUAAAAUUCUACUCAUUGAGAGCAGAAAUUGUUUUUCAUCUUUGUAUCACCAACACCGAGUACAGUAGUAAGUCUAUAAUAAAUAUGUAUUGAAUUGAUUCCAGGCAUGAUGUAUGAACCUUUUUUGCAAAAAGCAAAAUGCCAAGGAAUCAAAUUGAUAAUAGGAAUUUUAAAAAAAACAUUAGGUUGCAGGGUUGUUUUCUUGGCCUGUAUACAUGGCUGAGUUAUGAGUUAUAUGAAUCAAUUGGUAAGAGAAAUUAAAAAGAUGUCAGAAAAAUCCAAAUAAAAAAGAAAAUUUCUGGAUGAAAAUAUAGGCUAUCAAAGUCUUAUGUGUAAAAAUUCCAAGUCAAGGAAAAAUAAAUCUAUAACAGGUCCUUGAAUCAGGGUUCAAUUAAAUUGAUACAUUUACCCAGUCAGUAGCCAGGACUACAGAAAGUUACCACACUAUGAAAGACAGAAAAAGGGACCAUAUUAUAGAAGCCAAGUAGGAGCCAAGUUUGGGGAUACUCAUCUGUAAGUAUUUUCAGAGUGAGUGUGGAUCCAAGGAAGGCCUAUGUUGUAACAAAUGUUAAAUAUAGCAACCUUGAGUCUUCACACUAGGUUCAAGACCUUUGUAUUGGCCUAGAAGUGCAUCAAUCCAUCCUGGAUUGUUUUUUUUUUUGGCCCUAAGCAAUGGCUCUUUUGUGUAUAUCUUGCCCUGGAAUCAGACAGAAUUAUUAAGCGGUCCCAUAAUUUUUUAAACAAUUUGUGGCAUCAUUUUUAUAGUCUCAAGCUUUUUGGCGUAUGCAUUAGCAUUAUAGCAAAUGUAUCUUAAACUUAUAUUACUUCAAAAUCAAAAAGUUAAAGAAAAUUUUUAAUGCUGGUGACAUGUGCUUCAAAUAUAAAAAGGAGAGAAGAAAUACAAAAAAGAACUGAAAUAGUAUAUUGCACAUGCAAGAAAAAUAUAAUGAAAGAGUUUUAAAAAUUCAAAAUGUAGCUUAUAAUCAUUGACACACUGUGUCAGCUAAGAAAAUAUAGCAUGCAAGGCUUUCUCACCAAAAAUGAGAUCCUUUUCCUCUUCCUACCUGGCCAUGAUCCACUGUGAAUGAAAGCAAAUGAAUUGAGCAGUAGUACAAAUAUGUGGUAUCAAUAUUCCCAAAAUUCUCAAUAGCCCAAUUAAUUACAAUAACAAAUAAACACACUAUCGUAUUUCACAUAAGUUGCUGUAUGACAUUUUUAAAAGCCUAUGAACUGAUGGAUAUUUGUCACAAUUUUUUACAAACGUAGCGAAUCUUUCAACCAUGGCAAAUACAUUUUCAAACAAAGUAAAACUCAUUUUGGGUUUAGAACAUCAUCAGGAAAUCUAGAGAUCAUUCUGGUGGAAGUUAAGUAGUGAGCUGAAGAGUUAUAAAUGAGGGGUACUCCUUUUUUGGAGGCUGCUAGGGGUACAAAUGCCCUGGGAUUAACUGCCCAACUUCCAUUCAUAUUUUUAAAAAUGCAGGAAGGUUGGGGGUUAUAAUUGUAUUUCACUUCAGCUACUAGAAUGGGUCUUACACCUCAUGUUAGGGGCAGGCAAAAAUGACCAGAGAUUGUUAAGAAAAUUUCUAAAAAUCAUGUCUAAAGAACCCUUAAAAUCAAUUGAGAUUUUGAGCACAUUAAAUUUUCCAAAGUUUGUUAUACAAUUGUAGCAAUUUUCUGAUGGAGUCCAUCAAUCCUCUAUGUGACAAUUUACAAAGUCAAAAAUAGAAAAGCUGUUUUUAUAUGGGCUGAUUCAAUAAUAUUUGUUUAAUAUGGUUAUGGGGAAAAGCAACAGAAUAUAACAGUAGUUAAAACACAGUUCAUUAAAAUGAUUCAAUAUAACAAAUAAUAUUGAAUGCAGUAAUAUAUGAACUUAAAAUCACAAAGUUAAACCGUAAAACAAAUAAUAAAUGCAAUAGAAUACAGAGAUUUUUAUAAAAUAUUGGAGUUUGAAAGGCCUUAAAAUAUAACCUCCAGUCUCUUUAAUGUUCCUUGGGUUUUUAUCCAUUUAGAUGCUUAUUAUCAGAAGGCAGAUUGGUAUGGGCUAGGCAAUGGGGUUUAAGCUACCUGCUCUGGCCACACCGCCAGCAAGUGUCUGAGGCCAGAUUCCAACCCAGGACCUCCUGUCCCUAGGCCUGGCUCUCAGUCCACUGAGCCACCCAGCUGCCCUCCCAUAGUGAGUUUUUGGAAUCUCAACAAAUGGUAAAGGGUUGCAGGGAGAUUAAUUUCUCUCCUGAAUCUCAAGUGACAUAAAUAAAAAGACCAGUGUACUCAAAAGAUAUUCUUUGAAAUAUGCCAUGCUUGUAAUCAACUUCCUGUUUGGAAAAGUCUCUACCUUCUUUUCCUUUCUCCCCUCCUGUGAUCCCCUGCCCCCCAGAGGCUAAUCUUAGCCUAAGGGAAAAUUACCUCCCCUUCUUUACCAGCUGGUAUAAAUGAGUUCUGAAGAAAUUGGGUUUGCUACCAGCAGCCUGGGUGAUGAGCUGUCUGGGGUUGGAGGUCAGAGGUACGGGAAUCAACUGGGCCAGGUGAGCAGAGAAAGACCAGGAGCAGGAGCCGCUGGGGUCUGGGUGAAACAGGUCCGGAUGCUGGGAAUAGGAGCUGAGCCGGCCGGGCCGGCGGGAAGGGCUCAAGAAAGUCUGAAGGGGAUGGCUGCAGGCCAGAGCUGAUCAAGAUGGUUUUCUAAAAAAGCAUCUUGGAGAAAUGUGGCUUAAAAAACAAACAAACUAGGCACUAACUAUUAAAGGCUGAACUAAGUUACAGAAGAUUGAGGGUAUUUCGUUUUCCCGAAGUGGUUACGCCAAACUGUAGCAGUUAAAAAUUGUUUCUCUGCUAGAAGUAUUAUAUUUUUAUGAGGUUUAUUAAGGAUUAAGAAUUUAAGAAAAUACAAGUAAGAAAGCACGUGCCUAGGAGGGCCGAAAGGCCCAUUCAAUUUCAUUUACAACAUGAGAGACAUGUCUGCUUGGAAGCAGAAGUAGGAAGAGGAGAUCAGUAGGCUUUUACAGCCAGUUAAAUAGAAAUUUUGAUCUCGCCCAGGUGAGGAUCUCAGUGAGAUUACAAAGCAUUCUGGGAAGUGGCCAAGGACUUCUGGGGAUUGAAGUCCAGGGUUCAAAUCUCCAUUUUUACAAGACCAUGACAAAAGAAAAAGCCUGGACAUCAUACUACAGGAAAUUAUUAAAGAAGACUGCCCUGAUAUCCUAGAACAAGAGGGAAAAGUGGAGAUUGAAAGAAUCCACAGAUCACUUCCUGUACUUAAUCCCCAACUGACAACACCCAGGAAUGUUAUAGCCAAAUUCAAGAACUAUCAGACCAAAGAAAAGAUAUUACAAGCUGCCAAGAAGUCAUUCAGAUACCAUGGAACCACAGUGAGGAUAACACAGGACUUGACUGCAUCCACACUGAGUACCAAAAGGCAUGGAAUAUGAUAUUCAGGAAAGCAAGAGAACUAGGUCUACAAUCAAGAAUCAAUUACCCAGCAAAACUGACUAUAUUCUUACAGGGGAAAGUACGGUCAUUCAACAAAAUAGAAGAAUUCCAAGAAUUUGUAAAGAAAAGACCAGACCUGAACAGAAAAUUUGAUGUCCAAGCACAGAACUCGAGAGAGUCAUCAAAAGACAGAGGACCCUAGUAAAUGCAGCCCUAGAUUUUGGGAGGAGCUCUUCCUCAUGAAGGUGAAUCUGGAUUACCUUGAGGGCAAGUUGGAAUCUCUGGAUGGAGAGGAACUAAUGAAGAUUAAAGAUAACAUUAAUUGUUUGUUCCAACACUGUAUCCAGGCUUUGGGAGAAGAGCACCCAAUUCGAGUUGUCAAUGCAUUACAGACCUUGUGUGCACUUAUCCGAGGAGUCCAUCAGAAGAAUAAGUCUACUUCUGGGUUUGACAUCAUCAACAUGCUGAUGGGCUUUGACAAGGCAGAGCUCUGCAUGAAGAACUUGAUGGAGAGUUUGGAUUCCUUGCUUUGUGCAGAAGGUUCUGAAAGUCUGAAGAGUUUAUGCUUGAAACUUCUCCUUUGUUUGGUGACUGUGACAGAUAACAUCAGCCAAAACACUAUCCUGGAAUAUGUAAUGAUCAAUAGCAUCUUUGAAGCUAUUUUACAGAUUCUCUCCCACCCUCCAAGUCGAAGGGAGCAUGGGUAUGAUGCUGUUGUCCUUCUGGCUUUGCUGGUGAACUACAGGAAGUAUGAAUCCGUGAACCCUUAUAUUGUAAAGUUGUCUAUUGUGGAUGAUGAAGCCACUCUCAAUGGAAUGGGGCUUGUGAUUGCUCAGGCUUUGUCCGAGUAUAAUAGGCAAUACAAAGAUAAAGAAGAAGAACACCAGAGUGGCUUUUUCUCAGCCUUAACUAACAUGGUGGGCAGCAUGUUCAUAGCAGAUGCUCACGAAAACAUUUCUGUUCAAACCAAUGAGGCAAUUCUUCUGGCUCUUUAUGAAGCUGUUCAUUUAAACCGGAAUUUCAUCACAGUAUUAGCACAGAGCCAUCCUGAAAUGGGUUUGGUGACCACCCCAGUCAGCCCGGUUCCAACAACCCCUGCCACACCUCUAGGAACCACACCACCUUCCUCUGAUGUUAUAAGUACUGUGGAACUCCCAUUGGAUGCAGAUGUUCAGACGAGUAACCUGCUGAUAACCUUCUUAAAGUACAGCUCUAUUGUCAUGCAAGACACUAAAGAUGAGCACCGCCUUCACAGUGGCAAACUCUGUCUGAUUAUCCUCACGUGCAUCGCUGAGGACCAGUAUGCUAAUGCAUUUUUACAUGACGACAACAUGAAUUUUCGAGUAAAUCUUCAUAGAAUGCCUAUGAGACACAGGAAGAAAGCAGCAGACAAGAACCUUCCCUGUCGCCCUUUGGUGUGCGCAGUGCUGGAUCUGAUGGUGGAGUUCAUUGUAACACAUAUGAUGAAGGAGUUUCCUAUGGAUCUUUAUGUGCGCUGCAUCCAAGUGGUACACAAAUUACUUUGUUAUCAGAAGAAGUGCCGAGUGCGAUUACAUUAUACAUGGAGAGAGCUGUGGUCAGCUUUGAUCAACUUGCUGAAGUUCCUUAUGUCCAAUGAAACUGUGCUCUUGGCAAAACAUAAUAUUUUCACAUUGGCUCUUAUGGUUGUGAACUUAUUUAAUAUGUUUAUCACUUAUGGAGACACAUUCCUGCCCACCCCCAGUAGCUAUGAUGAGUUGUACUACGAGAUUAUCCGGAUGCACCAGAGCUUCGACAAUCUCUAUUCGAUGGUCCUGAGGAUUUCAACCAACACAGGCCAGUGGAAAGAAGCAGCCAGCAAGGUGACCCAUGCAUUGGUCAAUAUCAGAGCUAUCAUCAACCAUUUUAACCCCAAGAUCGAGUCCUAUGCUGCAGUGAAUCACAUAUCCCAGUUGUCUGAGGAACAGGUUUUAGAGGUGGUCCGAGCCAACUAUGACACACUAACCCUGAAGCUGCAGGAUGGACUAGAUCAAUAUGAACGGUACUCUGAGCAACACAAAGAAGCUGCCUUCUUCAAAGAGUUGGUCCGGUCUAUCAGUACCAAUGUUCGGAGGAACCUUGCAUUCCAUACCCUGAGCCAAGAGGUUCUGCUGAAGGAAUUCUCCACCAUCUCUUGAAACUGUGUUGAGAAAACCACUCCUUAAUUGUCCUUUCCCCCUGGAAAACCCCUAGGCUGAGCUCUUUCCCUGAGGGUUCAGGGUUGAAAAAAAGAGACCACCCCUUCUGCCAUUGAAGCUAGAGGGAGAAUUGGAACACCAAUCUUCUUUCCAGACCACCUAGAUGCCAGUGGAGUUUGGCAUGGGGGCAGGCAGGGCAAUAAUGUAAUUUAGUGGGAGGGAGGGAGGGACGGACUCCAGAAAGAGGGAUGCUUCCAGGGUUGGGGUCUCAAAUAUGAAGGGGUGGUAUGGCUGAGAUUUGGUGCUGAGAUACACUGGCCAGUGGAGACCGAUGGGCUCUACUACAGUGCAGAGGCACAUAAUUGAGGAACCGGCUUCCUCUUUCUGGAUUGGGGAGGGAAAGGAUCUUGUUUCCUUCUGUCCUGAGGCUGAGAUCUCCUGGCUUAAGGGUUUGGCAGUACCAUUUCCCUAUCCUGGGGAUUGUUGCUGGGGGAAGUGAGGCCUAGAGUCUUUCUCUGAAUUCCUAGGCUAUGCCAUGAUUUGGGGGCUGGAACCCCACCCCCACCAGCCAGGCUAUUGCCCAGCAGCAUAUUAUGGUCACUACUUAGGUUUUUUUUGUUUUUUAAUCUGUUUUAAACUCUGUGUCUUUAGGUUGUGGAUGUGAAAUAAACAUUGAGAGGUUUUCUGAA